AUGUGCUCAGAUUGGUCGACUGGGAUGCAGCCAGCAGCAGCAGCAGCAGCAGCAACGGAAAUAGCAGCAGCUCGGACUCUCCUCUUCAUUUCAGGGGCUGCGCCGUGGAACUGUUUUUGCCUGCGUGUUAUUGCGUCUCCCCCGCGUCUCUCCUCGCAUGUGCCUUCUCCCGGGGCUGGCUGUGGUUGAUCCGCUGCGGGCCACCUGGAGACCCUACCUGGCCUACCUGCUGGGGCUGCUGGGGGUUCUGCUUGCGAGGUAUGCUGACCGGCUCCUGCCGGCCUCGGGGACCAGCGGGACGGGGUGCUGUGGCUCUGUGACCGGGGCGAAGGAGGAGGACAUCCCUGUCUUCAAGAGGAGACGGAGGUCCAGCUCCACAGCGGCCUCGGAGAUGAUGGCGCACGGCCAGAGCAACUGCAAGUCCCACCGCAGGACUUCGCUGCCCUGCAUUCCGCGGGACCAGUCUUCCGGCACCAGUGUGGUCGUGGACAUUGCGGUGAUGGGAGAGGCCCAUGGUUUGAUCUCAGACCUGCUGGCAGACCCCUCGCUCCCCGCUAACACCUGCAGCUCUCUGAAGGCCGUCAGCAACCUCCUCAGCACCCAGAUCCACCUUCAACCGCUCCACCGACCUCGCAUCGCCGCAGACACACAGCCUUGCUCUGACUCGGAAGAUGGGCCAGAAAAAGCUGAGAGAUUGGCCAUUCCAAAGCGUCUAAGGAGGAGUUUGCCUCCAGGAUUGCUGAGGAGAAUUUCAUCAACAUGGACCACAACCACCUCAGCUACAGGGCUGCCCACCAUUGAGCCGGGCCCCGUACGCAGAGACCGCUCAGCCAGCGUUAAACACACUCCAGACAGCGAGUCAUGGAACAACGCAUUGAUGAUGACCAUCUCAAAGAGCCGCUCCAUGUCUGCAUCCUGCACAGCCACUGUUACUUCCAACCACCUCCACAGCAAACCACUGGGCAGACCAGGUCUCCCUCCCUCCAACAUAUCACCUCUGGGCUCCCCUUGCCCAUCUCCUCCCGUCCAGGGAACCCCUGUCUCCAGCCCUACAGUGAAGACAUGUUCAGUGCAGCUUCCUGAGCCGGCCGGGCCACUGACAGAGCGGAUACCUGUCUCUGUGGCCCCCAGGAGCCAUCACAGAGCCUUAACUCACAGCCAGAGCGCCCCCAGCUCCACCUCCAUUCACUGGCGUCCUCCAUCACACUGCAACAGUUGCGGCAGGCUGUUAAGCAGUCAGCUCCAUCAUGGGCUAGAAUCUGGUGGCAAAGGAGACAGGUUACCCCCUCCAGAUGAGCGUGUAGUAGCCUCAUCAGACUAUGACAGCACCUACGACAGCACCUAUGAGACCAACCACAGUGACAGCAGUGACUUUGCACAAAAUGAGGAGGAGGGAGAAGGAGGAAAGAAGCCGCCUGAAGUGAGGGAAGGUUGUAGGGAUUAUCCGACAGAAGGCAUUGUUCUUCACCCACUUUUACCAUCGCCAGAGGACAAGGCCGUCUCAGACCCAGAGGACCCGGUAAUGCCAGGGCUGGAGCUGCUGAUGAGUCAACUCAACAACUGGAACUUUCCCGUUUUUAGUCUUGUGGAGAAGACUCAUGGCAAGACGGGCAGCAUCCUCAGCCAGGUUUCUUAUAGGCUCUUUGAGGACACAGGUCUGUUUGAGACCUUCAAGAUUCCUGUUAAAGAGUUCAUGAACUACUUCCAUGCUUUGGAGAAUGGAUACAGGGAUAUACCUUAUCACAACCGGAUCCAUGCUACUGAUGUGCUGCAUGCCGUGUGGUACCUUACCACUCAGCCUGUGCCAGGUCUGCCCACCCUGCUGACUGACAACGGUAUACACACUGACUCAGCAAACGGCAUUACACCAAGAGCCACAGGCUUCCUGGUGUCCAGGAUGAACUCUGCGAUGGAGGAGGACUAUGGUUCUCUGGCUGGUCUUAUACCCGGCCUGGAGCUCAUGGCCUUGUACGUAGCGGCCGCCAUGCAUGACUAUGACCACCCUGGAAGAACCAACGCCUUUCUGGUCGCCACCAGUGCACCCCAGGCUCUCCUGUACAACGACAGGUCAGUCUUGGAGAACCAUCACGCAGCGUCGGCCUGGAACCUCUUCAUGUCCCGACCCGAGUACAACUUCCUGGUUAACCUUGAACACGUGGAGUUUAAGCGCUUCCGCUUCCUUGUUAUUGAAGCUAUCCUUGCCACUGACCUCAAAAAACACUUUGACUUUCUGGCAGAGUUUAAUGCAAAGGUUGGUGACGAAGGACUGUGUGAUAUUGACUGGAGCAACGAGAAUGACCGAUUGCUGGUGUGCCAGAUGUGUAUCAAGCUAGCAGAUGUUAACGGGCCACUGAAGUGUAAGGAGCUGCACCUGCAGUGGACAGAGGGGAUCAUCAACGAGUUCUAUGAGCAAGGCGAUGAAGAAGCAAGCCUGGGCCUUCCCAUAAGCCCUUUUAUGGACCGGUCCGCCCCACAGCUCGCCAAACUGCAGGAGUCUUUCAUUACUCAUAUAGUGGGACCAUUAUGCUCCUCCUACGACUCUGCCUCUCUUAUGCCUGGACACUGGGUAAACCCAUCCGGAGGAGAAGUGGAGCCAGAGAUGGUAAAGGAAGGACAAGAAGACACAGAAGAAGAAGACACAGCAGAUGAGGAGACGUCAACUGGUUCUGACACCUCCCAGCAGCAAGAAACCAAAAAGGCACGCAGGAGGAAAGUUUUUUGUCAGAUCACACGGCAUAUAUUGGAAAACCAUGAAAUGUGGAAACGUUUGAUUGCUGCAGAAACCCCAGAAGAGGCUCGGGAAGAGAAGCCCCAUUGCAUCGGAAACCCAACCGAUCCAAUAACAGCAAUUCGCGAGGAGGAGGAGGAGCAAGCAAGCAAAGAGGAAGAGGAGGAGGAGGAGGAGUCAGCUGACAACCUUGAUGAAAGAGAAGAGGUGCCGGCUGUAGAGGAGGAGGAAAUCCUUCCACAAUCAGAGCCUUCAGGAGAAAAAGACCAAGAACCAAAUUGAGAUUACGAACUUCUUUGAAUUCCUCUAAAACCAGGAAUUUGAACAUUGUUUAAACAUGUUUUUUUUUUCUUUCCUAAACUAAACUCUUGAUAUAGUAGCCAGCACAUCACUUUGACACAACACUGUAGAAGAUGUUUUGGGUGAAAUGUGCCUAACAAAAACAGGGUUGAGGACUGAGAUGACGCAUAACCAGCGCAUCUGACCAGUAGAGAGAUGUGAGAUGAGAAGAGUAAAGGAGAGGAACAUCAUAACAAGAUAAAUAAUAUUAAAAAUAGACUGUGUUUGUUUUUACUUUAACGUUUGUUUUAGUUCAUAUCCGUCACCCUUCCCUCACCCAGACUGUCCAUAUUGCACUAUGGGCCAACCACACUUCUUCACACAUUUCCCCUCAAACCCCCUCCCAUCCGCCUUCUAGCUGCUCCCCUGCUAUCAGCGGCCUGUGGAGCCGCCCACCUGGCCGGGGAUGUGCAAAAAGCCCCUUCUUGAGGACAAUAGGAUUAAAGCCAGGGAAAAGGUUGUUUCCACUGAGGCUCAGCCAUUUAGAUCUCCUAAGGAGACAGAAAAGUCACUAGUAGUGCAUUGUGUAUACAGAUAUGCACACACACAUAGAGCAGCCGCAGAAACACGUUCAUUCUCAAAAUCAAUAGGAGGUUUGACAAGAAACCUGAUAAUUGCAAAGCUUUAUUGUCCCUCAAGGAAAAAACAUACAAAACAAUGUUUUGUGCACAUCAAAGAAUGUGAGCAGUAUUUUCUCCCUGUCUUUUGUUUACUGCAUCAGCGCUGUUCACUGCACGUUUCCAAGGUAGCACAACAGAAACGUAAAGCAAAAUAGAAAUGUAAAGGAAUGUCAAUGUCCUUGGUGGGUUUUUCAUGUCACUGCAUCUGCGUUUCUCCUAUUUUUCUCGAAAUUCUGUCUCAGUCAUCUCCCAAAACAUUGCAGUUGCGGACAUGUGCAAAAUGUUGGUACCCCCUUGUUUAAAACUGUGCUUUUUUUCUGAAACACAGUACAAAUAAUUUGACUGUAGCGAUUCUUAGGAUUAAGCAAAUAUAAUACAAUACAAUUAUUGAUUUAACGAAAGUGAAACAAAAUACUAGGUACCCCCAUGGUUCAAAUGCUUUGUCAGAGGAAAUGUGAAAUAUUUUUUUUCAGUCUCUUCCACUAUUGUGGAAGAAAUUUGGUCCAUUCUUCGUCACAGUAUUGCUUCAGGUCAGAGGUUUUGAGGAAUUUGCUUAUGCAUAGCUCUCUUAAGGUCCCACCUUAGUAUUUUACUGGGACUGUGUCUAUACUUUGAUUUGGCCUUUCUAAAACUGAUAAAUCUUUUUUAAUUAUUAUUUACUGAUUGUUUGUUUAGCCAUGCUGA